AAUAUGCUUUAAUUACUUUUUCAAACGUAUUUCCGACUAAAUGUAGCUUUAUUGUAGAUAUUAAGUUUAAUGUCACCCCCAUCAUUCAGUACAGUUGGUUGCAUCUGUUGCCGCUGUGUGUUGCUCUCCUUCCUGAAAGACUCUUGCAUUGAACCCGCUGAAGCAAGUAACUACGGAAAGGCUGAGACAAUUAAGGUGAAAUCCUGAGAUUCCUGUAGAGCUUGUUGGUCAACUCCCACAUGGCAGUGAACUACUCACCUGAAGAUUAAAUCAAGUAUACUGCACUUCAGAGAAUUGCCCUCUUAGAUGCUGCUCAGUGUCUGUGUUUGCAAAUGGCUUGCUGUCUGAAGGACGAGCUCCUCUGUUCCAUCUGCCUCAGUAUCUACCAGGACCCUGUCAGCUUUGGCUGUGAGCACUACUUCUGCAGAAAGUGCAUCACAGAGCACUGGAGCAGGCAGGAGCCUCACGGAACACGGGAUUGCCCUGAGUGCCGGAGAACCUUCACCGACCCUCUUCUCUCUCCGAGUCUCAAGUUGUCCAACAUUGUGGAGCGCUACUCGGCCUUCCCGCUGGAUGCCAUCCUCAAUGCUCAGAGGAGCUCCUACCCCUGCAAGGACCACGAGAAGGUCAAGCUCUUCUGCCUCACCGACAAAAGUCUGGUCUGUUUCUUCUGUGACGAGCCGGCACUACAUGAGCAGCACCAAGUGACCACUAUAGACGAAGCUUACGAGGAGAUACAGAGGGAGAUGAAGGAGCAGCUGGCCACCCUGCAGGACAGUGAGAAGGGACAUACUGAGGCCCUGCAGCUCCUGCAGAGACAACUUACUGAGACCAAGUCCUCAGCCAAGAGUCUGCGUGCAACUAUUGGCGACGCCUUCGAGCGCCUUCACCGCUUCCUGCGCGAACGCCAGAAGAGCAUGCUGGAAGAGCUGGAGAUGGACACGGCCCGCAAGCUGGCCGACAUCGAGCACAAGAUCCAGCGCUACAGCCAGCAGCUACGCGACGUCAAGGAGGGCAUCCAGAUCCUGCAGGAGCGCCUCAACGAGACAGGACGACACGACUUCUUGGAGGGAGUAGCCGUCACAUCUGAGAGGAUUAAAGGGAAGAUACAUGAAACCAAUCUGACGUAUGAAGACUUUCCGACAUCUAAGUACAUGGGGCCCUUACAGUACACAAUAUGGAAGUUACUCUUCCAGGAUAUCUCACCAGUCCCAGCAGCCUUGACCCUUGACCCCAUCACAGCCCACCAAAGACUGAUCCUCUCAGACGACUGUACUAUAGUAGCGUACGGGAAUCUUCAUCCGCAGCCUCUGCAGGACUCUCCACGCCGCUUUGAUGUAGAGGUGUCUGUUCUAGGCGCAGAGGGCUUUGUGUCAGGCGUCCAUUACUGGGAGGUGAUGGUGUCAGAGAAGACCCAGUGGAUGAUAGGCGUGGCCAACGAGACAGUCAGCCGCAAGGGCAGCAUCCAGAUCCAGCCCAGCCGCGGCUUCUACUGCAUCGUUAUGCACGACGGGAACCAGUACAGCGCCUGCACCGAGCCCUGGACCCGGCUCAACGUGAAGAGCAAGCUGGAGAAGGUGGGGGUGUACCUGGACUACCCCAAAGGCCUGCUCAUCUUCUACAAUGCGGAUGACAUGUCCUGGCUCUACACCUACAGGGAGAAAUUCCCUACAAAGGUCUUCCCCUACUUCAGCCCAGGCCAAAGCCACGCCAAUGGCAAGAACGUGCAGCCUCUGCGAAUCAACACCGUACGGCUUUAAGAGCUACGCACAUCUAUGGUCACGAUUGUCCUGACGGAGAAAUCCAUCAUGCGUUCACAGGACUUGUGUAGAUUUCAACAGAUGUUGCAAAAAUCAGUUUAAAAUUGUUUAAUAGGAGGUUGUUCUCUUUCUGUUUGGUUGAGAAUUGUGCUCGAUGUUGCUCUUAAAACGCUGCACUGUUUUUUUGUGACUUGAAACAACCAUAAGGUAAUGGCCUGCACUUGAGCCUCAUUCCGCAUCCUCAAAUGAAAAGAUGACACUAAAUGUAGACAGAGGGACCCCUGGGCUCCUCUGCGGUCUGUGGCAGUGAUGUUUAAAAAGGAAUAAUAAAAAAAAAAAAAAGGGAAGUGAUUUGCCCUGUCAGUGUGACUGUCCCAGGCCCACCCCUUGCACACUCCCAGGGGACACAGCUCUCAUUAAGCUCCAGGCUUGUCAGACUUGACGCUCUUUCCCUCUGGAUGCUGUAGACUUAUCUUCUCUGUGCUGUACAGUUGGCUUAGCUUUGUGUGUGCACGUGAUUGACAGCACUCGGCUCCUUUUUUGGCUUUUGUUUGGCCAGCAGUCCACCUCGAACUUGUCAAGUCUGUUUUACUUGUGUCUCAGACCACGGUCUUGGUUCUGGCUGCAGGUCAUGUCUAUAUGUGUCUGUUCACUCUUUUAUCAUUGCAAGGAAAGUUCUUGUUCUGUGUGCACCAGCGAUUAUCCAUGCCACCUAAAACGAAUCAAAUGAAAGAAAAAAAGUAGUUCAAAAACUGCCCUUCCCUAUAAACUGCCCAGUCCCACCCAUGUGUGGAAGGAAAGUCUGUUUGGAUGUAAAGGUUGUCCAGAACUGUGCUGCUGUUGGUGGAGUAAGAACUGGCAUGUUUGUAUAGAGAGUAUCAGAGGUUAAAGGUUGCAGUAAGCAAGUCUGCUGAAAGAUAGUUGAUUGUUGAGCCUCAGCUUUGGAGUUAUUUUUGUCCACUUUAGUGUUUCUGAUCAUUUUUUUAAAUCCAAAAUCAUAUUAAAUUAUGCUGUCUGAGCGAAAGCAUCCCUUCAUAGAUGUGAAAAUGUGAAAGGUUAAAAGUGAAUUAUUGUUUAAAAAAUUGCUACAGAGACCAUCUGAUCUUAUUUUAAAUCAUAUCAUUUAUGUUAAUGAAGUCAAACUGUAUGAUUCGGGAAAUGAAAAAAUGAAAAAAAAUGGGUGAUAGACGUGCCGACUUCAGUACAGAUAUACUAUUCCUGUGCAAGCAACAUUCCUAAGGCUUCUGUCGUGUGACAUAAUCACAAAAUCACUGAUAAUUCUCCUGAGUCAGGUUUAUUUCUUCACCCCACGUGCCUCAGUUGCUCUUGUUUAUCAGUAGUUGCACACAAUUCCUGCAAAAUCGGCUCUAGGAGGCUGUGUGUGUGUGUGUGUGUGUGUGUUUGUGUGUUUGUGGGUGGUCAUGUGCAUGCGUGUGUUUGUACAAUUUGGUUCAGCUAUAAUUUUAAAUCCAGCUUUGACUGUUGAAAAAGCCCAUCUGGCCGUUAAAGCAUGGCCAUUGCACUUUUGGCCAGAAGUGAUUAUUACAAAAUGCACUCAACAAAAAUCUACACGCAGCACUUUUUGUUUUUGCAAAAACACAAGUGUUGUGGAUACAAUUUUUGUUAAGUGUAAUUUCCGGAAAAGCUUAACAGAUUUUUCUUUGAUAAAUGGCAAAAAAGAGGAAGAAAAAACCCCCAAAAAACAAUCAUCUCACCCUCCAUUUUCCACUGUGCAUCAGUGCAUUUGUAUGUGUGUUGUCUGUGUUGUCCAGUUUAAAGAAAAUUGGGGCAGUGCCCUCGUUUUUGUAGGAUGUGAUUCCAGUAUUUGCAGUAUGAUACAAACGAGGGUCAAAUUGUGGGCAUCUGCACGUUAUUCUUGGUCUUUUAACAAAUCUGCAGUGGCCUGUUUUGAGAAGCAAUUAUGUUGUCUGAGUAAGGUUAUGUCCUGGAAAAAGUGUUUUUGCAUCAGUCUGUUUUCCGUGAUUUACAGCAAAUUUAUCCAGACAACUCAGCAGGCCUUCUUUGUGAAACAGGAUUUAUUUAAGUAAGUAUGUAGGUAAUAAUUACCAGAAAGUAUAGACAAUCAGAACAGUAGUUAUUUUACUUCUUUCUGAUUGACACUGAAUUGCCGUUGAGAAGUAAAACUGAACCAGCAGGUCCUUCGUGCAGAUUACUCCAAAUGAUUCAAUUUGACCCCAGUUUGCCAUGUUGCAGACUUUAUCAUUUACUUUAUUAAAGACUUAAUGUUGAAUAUUAGGAAGGAGAUUAUUGUGAUAUGGUAUUGGGCUACUGGUGGUGGUGAGGACACUAAUAGUUGAAGUUAUUAUAAUGAUAACUAUGACACUUUUAAAUGAUUAUAACGAUGAUUGUGUCUUGAUGAUGGCAGCUGUGCACCCAUCAUUGUGUUAGAGCGCUCUAGUGUGCUUUUGCUGCUGGAGGUUUGUGGGAAAUGUUUUAAUGUACAAUAAAUUACUGCUAAAAUCA